AAUUAAAUCUUAAUUGGUGCUUCCAAUACCUAAUUUUGGCAUAUCUACAAUUACACCCAAUUCUGCGUUCAUUUCUAUUUUGAUUUUCUAUUUUAUUUUACUUCAUUCUUUAAAGUUUUUUCUUUUACUUGCCGUGAUUUCAUGGUUAAUUGAUAAUGUACAAAGCAAAACACCCUUUAUCUCAAAAAGUCGCAACAAGUUUCUUCUAAACAAAUUGAAAAAUUUAUUUAGCAGCUUAGCUUACUAUCAUUUGCUAACAUUUAUAAAAUGCACAACACCAAAUUAAACGGCAACACUUUGAAAUAUCAAUACUUUGUUUAAAAGUGCUCAAGCCAUCUAUGAAAUUUUAUUUAGUAUGUUGGACGUUUUUGUAAAUAUUAAGAUAUCAAAUGAUUACAUGCAUUGGUCCCAAUUUUUUUUACUAUGUAGCAAUACAAUGAACAUUAUUACUAGCUUGCCCAUUGAAAUAGAAAUCGUUACUUUCAUCAUCCCAAUCCUUCUUGAGUCUUUCCAGUCUUGUUGGGGAUUUGAGUCCUGUCAUAUUUGACAAAUCAAUACUUGGGUGUAGUGAUAUACAGCAGACAGCUCUAAGAAUUCAUUUGCUGCAUCUGUGCCUAUGUCCAUAAAUUAUAGGGCUUGCAGUAAUCUAUAUGCGACGAAUCCUGCUCCACCUAGUAAAUAGAUUUGUAUUGACGGAAUAUUCAGUAGGACCUCCAAAGCUGCAGUAACGCACAGACUUGAUAGCAUUUCAUAUUACUCAGCUGCCUCCACUUCCUCCUGUCUACCAGAUAACCCCUCCAUUGGCCUUUCUAUGGUCUUACUACUGUUAAGUACUGCCAAAAUGUUGGGUUUUAGCCCCAGUUAUUUCCACACAUUAUUUGUGACUCCUAAUUAGUUUGCUUUAUAAAAAAAAAUAUUGGCUUUUUCUAUAUAUGACUCUUACAGAGUACUAGCAAAUUUUUUUGUUGACGCCCCCUGCAGAUAGUUUUUGGAGUAGUUAAUCAACCAGUAUGGCUUAUGGCAGAUGAAAAAAAAACAGUCCAUGUGAUAUUAUUUGUUUAUAAAACAAAAUAAAUAGCGCUUGUCCUUUUGCGAAUAAAAACAAUCACAAUUUAUUUUUCCUAAUUUUUGUUUUUCGCUGCAUUGAGCAAAUGUUGUGCGCCGCCUCUGUGCAUGCGCCCCUGCUAAAAUAUUAACGCUGUCGUGAUAACUGUAUGUCGGUAGCGCGGUCACAAGGAUUUUAAUUUUUUUAUCGGUAAUCAGAGACGAUUUAUGAAUUUUCAUAUGCGCCAGGUCCUGGUGGAACAUUUCAAGAACUUAAUAUGACGGUUGCGAACGUUUGACGUCAUGUUCUCGGUACGAAAUAAGCCGCUGCUGUUGGCAAUUUCUCUGUUGACGUUUGUCGCGUGUCAGGAGAUUAAAAUAGUCGUUCUAAAACAACACGGCCAGGAAGAUGUAGUUAAAGUAUUGGAAGAAACCUUAAACUACACGCUCAACGACUUGAGGGUGACCGUAAGCCAUGCAGCCAUGGAGGGUAACGACGAAGACUAUCAAACCGUUUGCCAGAGCAUUUCUGGGGGCGUGGCUCUCAUCCUGGACCUGACUUGGACGGGCAACGACCCGGCGUUCCACCUCUCCAACAACAUGAGUAUACCCUACAUCCAAUCCGAUGUCUCCAUCGGACCGUUUCUAGAGCUUCUAGAUGCGUAUUUGGAUGCUAGAAAAGCAACCGACGUUCUAGUCAUAUUCGACCAUGAUAGAUAUAUAGAUCAAGCUUUGUAUUACUGGCUGGACUCCACCCGGCUGAGAAUGAUCAUAUCAAACUUAGACAAGAAGGCUAUACAGAGGAUCAACAAGAUCCGCCCCACGCCCAACAGCUUUGCUAUAAUCGCCGCUACGUCGAAUGUUAGCAGCAUUUUUAACCAGGCGUUGAAGCAGGACCUUUUAAAGCUCCCGGAGCGAUGGAAUCUGGUAUUUACCGAUUUUAGAUACAAAAAUUUCGAUCGCGACGUUAUCGGCGAUCUGCCGAUCACCGUCGUCACUCCGGACGAAGACUUUUGCUGCGACAUGCUGCUCAGAGACGAAUGCCAAUGUCCGUCGGACUUUAACAUGCAGUCCCAGUUUAUUUACUGGCUGUCGGAACUCGUAUCCAGAGUCGUAAAGACCAUGCUAGACGACAAUUUGCAGUUUCCCAAAGUGCUAAAGUGCAACAGUUCGAGGUUUCCGGAACAGACGAAGCAGCGGUUCGACGAAAUUGUGGAAAAUCUCAUUAACGAAAGUAGUACCGUUAUCAAGAGGAAGGGCAACAGUUUGACGAUGAAUGUUAAAGGGAUUUUUGAAAAGAAUGUUAACGGUACUCUCGAAAUGUUGGCCACUUAUCGAAAUGGAGAAUUUAACACUGUUAAGGGUGGGGCGCUCAACCCCAUUAAGGCGUUUUACAGAAUUGGAAUUACACAUGCUUUGCCGUGGUCAUAUAAAGAACAAGACCCUCAAACCGGGGAAAGUUAUUGGACGGGUUACUGUGUGGAUUUCGCUAACAAACUAUCGGAAGUGAUGGGUUUCGAUUUCGAAUUCGUGGAACCCAAAUCUGGAACAUUCGGAGAAAAAGUUAACGGUUCCUGGGACGGCGUUGUAGGCGAUCUUGCUAGAGGCGACACUGAUAUCGCCAUUACGGCCAUUAUAAUGACGGCUGACAGGGAGGAAGUGAUCGACUUCGUCGCGCCCUAUUUUGAACAAACUGGAAUAACGAUAGUUAUGAGAAAGCCCGUUAGGAAAACUUCACUAUUCAAAUUUAUGACGGUACUGAAACUAGAAGUCUGGCUGAGUAUCGUGGCCGCCCUGAUUGUCACCGGCUUUAUGAUUUGGUUCUUGGACAAAUACUCCCCGUACAGCGCAAGAAACAACAAGAAAGCUUACCCGUAUCCAUGCAGGGAAUUCACCCUCAAAGAAAGUUUUUGGUUCGCGUUGACCUCCUUCACGCCACAGGGAGGCGGCGAAGCGCCCAAAGCCUUAUCCGGGAGAACAUUGGUGGCCGCAUAUUGGCUGUUCGUGGUUUUAAUGCUGGCUACAUUCACCGCCAAUCUGGCCGCAUUUCUGACCGUGGAAAGAAUGCAGGCGCCAGUGCAAUCUCUGGAACAACUGGCUAGACAAUCUAGGAUUAAUUACACUGUCGUCAAGAAUUCAGAAACGCACAAGUACUUCAUAAAUAUGAAGUACGCGGAGGACACCCUUUACAGAAUGUGGAAAGAACUGACGUUGAACGCCUCCACUGACGAUACGAGGUACAGGGUGUGGGAUUACCCAAUCAGGGAACAAUACGGCCAUAUUCUAUUGGCGAUUAACGAUUCAAAUCCGGUUCCCGUAGCAUCGGAAGGGUUCCGACUCGUAGACGAGCAUCUGGAUGCAGAUUUCGCUUUCAUACACGACUCCAGUGAGAUCAAAUAUGAGAUAAGUCGAAACUGUAACUUCACCGAGGUGGGAGAAGUUUUUGCCGAGAAGCCAUACGCCGUGGCUAUCCAACAGGGCAGCCAUUUACAAGACGAUCUUAGCAAAGUCAUACUGGAUUUGCAAAAGGAUAGGUUUUUCGAGAACUUGCAGUCCAAGUACUGGAACCACUCGUCGAAAGGCAACUGCCCGAGUACUGACGACAACGAAGGAAUAACUUUAGAGAGUUUAGGUGGAGUUUUCAUCGCGACCCUUUUCGGAUUGGCGCUGGCCAUGAUAACGUUGGCAGGAGAAGUUUUGUAUUACAAGCGUAAAGGGCAGCGCGAGGAAAGCAAGAAAAAAUUGCAAGUUGCCAAAGUGCCCAAAUUCGAUGGACUAAUUUUGCCGCCUAAAUACACAGUUGCAGCUAAUAAAGUGUCCAAAAUGGGUCCAGCAGGAGCGAAGCAUGCUGAUAUCGAGGGCAUUAAAAUUGCACACAUUUCUUUAUAUCCCAAAGCUAGAAAUAGAAUCACCCAAGUAAGUUAAGAAAUUUU